CGCUGGUAGUGUUCUUAUACGUGUACAGUGACAGACGGUAAGACCAAAAGAGUGUAUAUCUGUUGAUUUCUUGACGGAAAUCCCACAGGCUAAUAUUUCGAAUUCGAAUUCCGCAGCCGCUUUCUAUAAAUACCCAAAAUCAAAACCCCAUUUUCGUACAACCCAAACCCGUUUGCUUUACCCACACUGUUCUUUUUCUUUCCAAUUCCUUCUCCACAAACAAACAGGUGAUAAAGCAGUUGCAAUGGCUGGAGAUUCGAAUUCCGUUUCAAUCAGUGGGAGCACUAAACCCCAAGGGACGGAGAAUCAUGAUCAUGAUCAUGAUCAGACCAACGUUCUGCAGAAGCAUGUCAUGUUCUUCGAUCGAAAUAAUGAUGGCAUCAUUUAUCCUUCCGAAACUUUUGAAGGUUUUCGGGCAAUUGGAUGUGGGGUUUUGUUGUCGUCUGUGGCCGCUGUCUUCAUUAACAUGGGUCUAAGUCGGAAAACAAGACCGGGUAAACCCUUUUCUCUACACUUCCCCAUUGAGGUGAAAAACAUCCAAAUGGCGAAGCACGGCAGUGAUUCUGGUGUCUAUGACAAAGAAGGAAGGUUCCUUCCAACAAAAUUUGAGGAGAUCUUUAUAAAGUAUGCACGCACGUAUCCGAAUGCCUUGACAUCAGACGAGCUAAAAGCUUUCAUGAAAUCCAACAGGGAGCCAAAGGACUAUGGAGGAUGGUUGGCUGGCUACACAGAGUGGAAGAUCCUGUACAGCCUCUGCAAGGAUGAUAAUGGUUUGCUGCACAAGGAAAUAGUAAGAGCCGCUUACGAUGGAAGCCUGUUUGAGAAAAUGGCGAAGGAGAAAGCAUCAAAGAAGCAAAAAAUGACUUCUGAUGUUUGAUGAACUGAAGAUUGUGCAGAACUAUACACUGCUCUUUGACUUCGAGCAUUGUCCUAUGCUGUAUGUGUAUGCUGCAAUAAAACUUACUGCUGAAUUGUUUGAUUUCUCUGAAUUCUACACAAUUCUUUUCUGUAUAUACAGAGACUGAGCCCUGUUACAUUGUACGUAAGAAAGAGGAUUGAAAUCUAGUGGUGCCUUAUUUUAAGACAUGCUAUUGUGUUA